GUUCAGCCCAACCCUCCACCCGUUCUCUCCUCCUCCUUCUCAGUUUCAGAGUGGCGUUCAGAGAGCGGCGUUCAGAGACCAGCGUUCAGAGAGCAGCGUUCAGAGAGCGUGUCGCCCAGUCUUCAGUAGUCUCAGGUAGCCUCCAGCCCAGACAACACAUGACUGCUCAGUUCUACAGAGGGGGUGUGUGUCUCUGAGAGUGUGUUGUGUGUGUGAGCACCUCUGUAUGAGUCUGAAUCUGAGCUUGUGAGUGAGUGUGUGUGUGAGAGUGAGUGAGAGUGUGUGUGUGUGUGAGUGUGUGUGUGUGAGAGAGUGAGUAAGUGUGUGUGCGUGUGCCAUGGCCCUUCUGGACAGUAUGAAGAGGCUGUUUGUGUUCCAGCUGUUGUUGGGCCUGGUGUUUGUGGUCAGCGGCCUGAUCAUCAACUUCCUGCAGCUGCUGUCCUGCAUCCUGUGGCCUUUCAACAGAGCACUGUACCGACGGCUCAACUGCCGCCUGGCCUAUUCCCUCUGGAGCCAGUUGGUGAAUACCCUGGAGUGGUGGUCAGGGACCGAGUGCACCCUCUUCACCGACCAGGCCACGGCGGACCGCUUCGGCAAGGAGCACGCCAUCAUCAUCCUCAACCACAACUACGAGAUUGAUUUCCUGUGUGGUUGGACCAUAUCUGAAAGAUAUGGAGUGCUAGGGAGCACCAAAGUGCUGGCGAAGUAUGAGCUGCUGAAGGUACCUCUGAUUGGCUGGACGUGGUACUUCCUGGAGAUUGUGUUCUGCAAGAGGAAGUGGGAGGAUGACCGCGACGCCGUUCUGUCAGGGCUGGCCAGUUACAAAGACUACCCCGAGCACAUAUGGCUGUUGUUGUACUGUGAGGGGACCCGGUUCACCAAGGAGAAGCAUGAGUUGAGCAUGCAGGUGGCAGACAGCAAGGGCCUGCCCCACCUGAAACACCACCUCCUGCCUCGCACCAAGGGCUUCACAACCUCAAUGGCCUGCCUCAGGGGCACAGUGUCAGCCGUGUAUGACGUGACGUUGAAUUUCCGUGGCAACGAGAGGCCAACCUUGCUGAGCAUCGUCAGGGGAGACAAGUAUAUGGCCGACAUGAAUAUCAGGCGUUAUGCUGUGGAUGAGAUUCCUGAAGGUGAAAAGGAGUGUGCUGAUUGGCUUCAUAAUCUCUACCAGGAGAAGGAUUCACUACAGGACUACUACAUCAAAGAGGGCUGCUUCCCCGGCCCCACUAUCACUCCCCCCCGACGACCUUGGACACUCCUCAACUUCCUGGUCUGGGCGGGGCUUUUGCUCUGGCCCCUCUCCUCAUUUGCCUGGGGCAUCAUCGUCAGUGGCAACCUUGUCCUCAGUCUCGCCUUCCUUGGCGGGCUUUUCAUUGCCUCCGUAGCCAUGCAGCGCCUCAUCAGCGUAUCGGAGGUGAAGAACACGGGUUCCUCUUAUGGAAACCAGGCCAGCAAGAAGCAGGACUAACCCCAACCUAGACCAGCAGGACAGGACUAGAACUGCUACGGACCCCUCCACUCUGGACUGCUCAGCUCCACAGUGCUGGGAAAGCUCCUCUGGAACUAUGACUAAUCUAACAAUUACUUGGGUGGAGUCAUUUUUUUUUAUUUUAGGCCAAAGUAAGUUUCAGAAGGUGGUUUGGUCAAACUGAAACUAACAUGAUGUAAGAUACAUGUAUGUUUCACACAAUUAAAAGAAGUGAAAAGUCUGGAAUUGGAAACAUUGAACACGUUAUGCUGAAAUACUUGCAUUUUUUGGUUAAGGAAGUAGUUUAGUAAUAAGUAAUUUACCACAAAGCUGCAUAAUUAAAUGUAAAAGACAACUGAAACGGCUAAUGUCUGUUAGUCUGUAGAUUCAAUAACUGCUGUAAUAAGAAUAAUAAAGCCUUGAAAUCAGUGAA